UUUUAUAUUAUUAGUAAAAAACAGUAUUCCACGUCAUUUUCUAUAUGGAAACAAGUGAAAAUUUUAGCUUUUUUGUAAUUUUUCUUAGUUUUGGUACAUGUAAUUUUUUUUAAGUAAUCUGUGAUCAACGCUCGCUUUUACGAUACCUUUUGCAAAGCAUUGGAUUUGUUGAUAGUGUUUAAAUCCGAUUAACAAGACUUUGCGAAAGACCCCAGAGCUUCGAAUGUUUUGAUUGUAGGUGAUUAUGAGAUGCAAUCAAGAGCCAGGCGUCGUUUCGGUCCAGAAGAAGCGAACGAUUCGUUUUCAGUAGUUACCGUCGAAGGGGAUACAGAUUUACAACCGCAGUCGAGAGUAGAUUACGUGGAAAAGCCUAAAUAUCCGCCUGCAAGUGGCACCAUCAGCUGGUUACCAUCGAUUCCGCAAAAGUUUCUCUCCAGUGUUAUCAAUUCCGGGGGAUCGUUCGGCGGCGGGAACCAGCCGAGCAAAAAAUCUGACCACCCUCCACCGAUUGGGGUGGGAAAAGAGUCUCUAUUUUACGAAGAAGACGACGACGACAAGGAGAACGAACCAGAGUUCAUAAUGGCAGCACGGGAUCGUAGCACGGAAUUCGCCAACGCGAUUCGAUCGCUGCAGGGCAGAAACAUCCAACGGGCAGUCAAUGUACGAGACCCGCGGAAAGCCAAACAAUUGCAAAGCUAUUCCGAGUUUAUGAUGAUUGCCAAGCAUAUUGGAAAGAAUAUAGCCAGCACAUAUGCUAAACUGGAGAAACUAACACUUUUGGCGAAGCGGAAAACCCUUUUUGAUGAUCGACCCGCGGAGAUUCAGGAGCUAACGUACAUCAUCAAGGGCGACUUGAACUCGUUGAAUCAGCAAAUCGCACGGCUUCAGGAAGUCUCCAAGUCUCAAAGGAAGUCGACUACUGGGAAGCACCUGCUUUCACAUUCCUCAAACAUGGUGGUGGCAUUGCAGGCAAAACUGGCCAACAUGAGCUCCGAUUUUAAGCAAGUUCUAGAAGUUCGAACCGAAAAUCUCAAACAGCAGAAAAACCGACGCGAUCAGUUCAGUCAAGGGCCUAUUUCCAAUAGCUUGCCGCCAUCGGCCAUGCGGGGUUCUACACAAGGUAGUCUGCUACUGCAGGAAGAACAGGAUCAGAUUAGUAUCGAUAUGAACACGGCCGGUGGAUCAUCGUCAGAACGGGCUCCGCUGCUGCAACAGCAACAACAAAAGGCGAUGGUCCUGUACGACGAAUCCGACAGCUAUGUGCAGGAGCGGGCUGAAACCAUGCAGAACAUUGAAAGUACGAUCGUGGAACUUGGAGGUAUUUUUCAGCAGCUGGCCCACAUGGUCAAAGAACAAGAAGAAAUGGUCGAGCGAAUCGACACAAAUCUGCAGGAUGUAGAAAUGAAUGUUGAAGCGGCCCAUGGUGAAAUUCUGAAAUACUUCCAAUCGGUGACGAAGAACCGUUGGCUGAUGAUAAAGAUUUUUGGCAUUUUGAUAUUGUUUUUCAUAUUUUUUGUAAUCUUCCUGGCAUGAAAAAAAGACCAUGCGAAGAAGUUCAUUAAGUACGUGGCCUGAGUAGAGUAUAUAUAUAUUUGUAACCGUUUAUGUUUUAGUGCAUCGAAAUUUCCUUAAGGUUAAACCUAAUGGCGAAAAGCUUGUAAUACUAAACCUGACUUAGUUAUUUUCAAAUCGGAUCUUGUUCAACUUUUGUUAGCGGGAAUAUGCUUCAUUGUAAAUAUUAAAGCAAGCACUAUAUAUUUUCAGGAAUGUAAAAAAUAUAGCUGCCGGAAUAAACAUAACAA